AUGGCAGGCGUUAAUUGGGACCUUGGUAUCGGCACCCGCGCCGAAGACCUCGACUGGGGCGCCGCGGAUGGCGAAGAUAUGUUUUCUGCUCGCGCCGACGAUCUGCUCAUUGCGGACCCGCGUGAUGUGCGCCGUGCCGAGACGGCGCCGAUGGUGCUGACCAUCAUGGGCUCCGACGGCACCUUCUCCCUCGGCGCGAUGGACGAGGAGAAGGUCGAUCCGGACGAGGAGUACCGCUACACCGAGGAGUACCACCGCCUCUACUACUCGAAAAAUCCACGAGACCCGCGCAUGCUGCUUCCGCUGACUCGUCGUCGGCACCACCUCGUGCGCGAGGUGCGUGGGGCGGCGGGCGAGAGCGCCGGCUUCGCCGUGACGAGCGGCGAACACAACGGCGUUGUGGGCGAUCGCGUGCAGUCACGUGAGAUGAUGAAGAUGAGCCUCACGGACGGGAGCGGCAACAUCACGAAGGCUGGUGGGGCGAUAACGGUGGUGGAUGAGCAGGCCGCCGCGCAGGCCCUCGUGAAGGCCUACAGCGACGGUUUCCGCUCGGAGUGGGAGUACGCCAAGAUCAAAGGCUACGUGCGCAGCUUCAGCAGGGACCAGGACGGCAGCCGUCUCGUGCAGCGACUGCUGGAGAAGCAAGAGAACAUCGUGCCGAUCUUCAACGAGGUCAUCGCGCACUUCGACGAGCUUGCCACAGAUGUGUUUGGCAACUACGUGCUGCAGAAGCUCUUCGACGUUGUGCCGCGCGCGGAGGAUGAUGUGAAUGCGCCGGCGGAGGUGAGGGAAGCGAAGCUGCUGUCCCGCCUGACGGAGAAGGUGCGUGGGCAGCUCGUGCACCUGUCCUGCCAGACCUACGGCUGCCGCGUCAUGCAGAAGGCACUGGAGAACAUGCGUGCGGCGGACCGCGCCACCAUCAUCCACGAGCUGGACGGAAAAGUUGUGGAGUGCGUCUUUGACCAGAACGCAAACCACGUCGUGCAAAAGGUCGUAGAGGUCUGCCCGGGCGAUGCGCAGUUCAUCAUCGACGCCUUCGUACCGGAUCUGGGCGAUUUGGCCUGCCACGCCUACGGCUGCCGCGUCCUGCAGCGCACCUUCGAGAAGUGCCAUGACGUGCCGAGGGUGAACGUGCGCCCCGUUAUGGAGGCGGUUCUGGCGCGUGUGAACGAGUUCACCAUUCACCAGUACGGCAACUACGUCGUGCAGCACGCGAUGCUGAACGCGCCGGAUGAUCUGCGGCACCGGUUUGUCAUGCAGCUGGCCCCGCAGCUCUACGCCUUGUCGUGCAGCAAGUUCGCGAGUAACGUCGCGGAGAGAAUUGUCACGACGGCGACAGAGGAGGAGCGGGAUGAGAUUAUCAAACAGCUGAAGAAGCCGCUGAGCGACGCCCAGCGUGGCAACUACCUCAUUCAAAUGAUGCAGGACACCUACGCAAACUACGUUGUGCAGCGCUUCUUCGAGGCGGUGUCGGUCCCGCAGCGGGAGCGCAUUAGCGAGCUCGUACAGCCUUUCGUUGGUACGGUGAACCAGUCCGUGUACGGCCGUCACCUGCUGCGCAAGAUGGUCGCGAGCAACAUCUUGACGAACACCUUUCUGCUGGGACACGGCAUCGACGUAAGCAGCCCCGAGUAUGGCGGUAAUAUGAAUCAGAACGGUGCUCGUAGUGAUCGCGGCGGCCGGCACGGCAACAACAACGCGAUGGGCGGCAGCGGUGGCGCUCGCAAUGGCGGUGGCGGCAACAGCGGCAGCAGUAAUAACCGCGCCGGCCGCGGAAACAACGCCGGCAACCAAAUGAACCUGAACUCGCUCAGCAGCAACGGGGGCGGCAUGCGACCGAACAUGCAGGGCGACGGCAGCAACGGCGGUGGAGUCGGCAACAACAGUCACCUGCCCCACGGCGGCAACAACGCCGGUGUAUUCUUGAUGCAGUCCACCAUGCCGGCCGCCAUGGCUCCGCAGGCCUUUCAACCCCACCCGUCUCUCGGCGGGUACAUCGCCGCACCGGCGGCCGUGGCAGCGCAGCAGUUCGCGUACAACCCCGCAUACGGCAUGUCGCAGCAGAACCCACAGCAACAGCCGCAGCCGCAGCAACAACUGUCACCGCCGCAGCCUUUUUUGGGUGGUGCUCCGCAGAUGGCACAACCCUCGCAGUACGUGACGCAGAUGCCCACCAACAACGGGCAGUAUAACUUCUCGGUGUACUCCACGCAGCCGCAGAUGAUGCCCCAACAACCCCCUCCGCAACCGCAGCAGCAGCAGCAGCAAGGCUAUACAAUUCAGAGCUUCAACAUGCCGCCGCCGCAACAACAGCAAAUGCCACCACCGCAGCAGCAGCAGCAGCAACAGUUUUGCCAAGAUGGCACGUGGACGACGCAGGCUUUUGUGAACGGCGGUGGUUAUGGCGCUGCGGAGCCGCCGCACCAGCAGAAGUUGCUGCAGACUUCGUAUAGCUUGCAGCCACAACAGCCGCAGAUGUUUCAGGUCAACGGCAACAGCGGCUUUCUCGACGGAUCUGCUGUGCCGGCGAAUAUGCGUAGCGGGAAGGACGGCGAGUCCGGCAAGCCGAUGAAGCACGCUGUCAGCGAGCAGUUCGCGAACACUGGUGCGAUGGAUAGGGCCACUCGUGCAGCGGACGGCAGCAACAAUAAUAACUCGCGCCGCUCGAACUACGCAGGCCAGCGCACACCGCAGCGAGGCAACUAUUAA